AUGUCGAUUAUACGGCCUUUUACUUGCGAUGAUUUAUUUAAAUUUAAUAAUGUUAAUCUUGAUCCAUUGACGGAGACUUAUGGGUUAUCGUUUUACAUGCUCUAUCUAGCUCAUUGGCCAGAAUAUGUCCAAGUAGCUGAAUCCCCCAGUGGAGAAAUAAUGGGUUACAUUAUGGGAAAAGCUGAAGGAAGUGGAGAAUCAUGGCAUGGACAUGUAACAGCUCUUACUGUCUCUCCAGAUUAUAGAAGAUUGGGUCUUGCUGCAAAAUUGAUGAAGUACUUGGAAGAAGUGUCUGAAAAAAAACAAGCUUAUUUCGUGGAUUUAUUUGUUCGAGUUAGUAAUAAAGUUGCAAUACAGAUGUAUCAGCAAUUAGGUUACAUUGUUUAUCGAACUGUAUUGGAAUAUUACAACGGAGAUCCGGACGAAAAUGCUUACGAUAUGAGAAAAGCUUUAUCAAGGGAUGUAUUAAAACAAUCAGUAAUACCUCUAACUCAUCCGGUACGUCCGGAAGAAGUUGAAUGA